AUGAAGCGUCGCGAGGUGGCGCUUUGCAAGGAGGCACCGCUGCACGUACGCAAAGAGAUGCGCACCAAAUACGAGGCGCUGGCUGCCGCGACCGAGGAAAAGCGUCGAGCAACAUCUGCUGCGGUUGCGGCGGUCCAGGCUGGCAGUGGGAAGCGGCGCAUAACCGACUACUUGGAGGGAGAUGCUGCUGCGGCUACGCGGGAGGCGAACGAGGGCCUUGCGCUGAUGUUUGCGGCCUGCAGAAUCCCGGAGGUCACGAUUAACCACCCGCUAUUCGUCAAGAGGAGCUUUAUUGGCGGGGCUGGACUGGUCGCUGUCCGCAAAGGGAUUGAGCAGGGGCUGAUGGGGAUUAAAACCAGCUGGAAGAAGACGGGGGUAACAAUUGCGUCCGACAUGAUGACGGACAAAUGUGGGAGGGCGCAGGCGAAUGUCCUCCUGAUUAACGAUUCCGGCGCCGUCUUUAAGGAGGCGAUCGACUGCGGUAUGGAGCGUAAGACUGGGGGGUACAUAGCGGGGAUUCUGCAGCCGGUGGUGGAGGAGGUAGGACCAGAAAAUGUCGUCGCGUUUUGUAUGGAUGGGGGAUCUAACUAUGCCGUGGCUGUCCAGGAGCUGAUUGCCAAGUGGCCCCACAUUCAGCAGGUCCCUUGUGCUACGCAUGUCAUGGAUCUCCUGCUGGAGGACGUGGGAAAGAUGGGGUGGGCAAAAGGGGUGGUGGAUCAGACUGGGGAGAUGAUUUCUUUCGUGCGCAACCAUCAUUGGACGCGCGCUUACCUGAGGACCAAGGAGUUGGUUAAGGGGAAGGUGCUGCAGCCGCUGAAGCCGGCGGGAACACGUUUCGGGACACAGUACAUUGCUGUGUCCCGCCUUUGUGAGUUGCGUAGCACCCUGAACGAGAUGGUGCUUUCCGACAAGUGGAAGGAGUGGGCCGUGGGGUCGCGGAAGGAAUCUGCCGAUGCGUUUUCUGGGCGGGUCCUUGAUGCCGCAUGGUGGCGGACGGCUGAAUUCUUCUGCAAGCUGAUGAAACUGCCGUACAAGACGAUGCGGCAGACGGACGCGGAUGCGAAGGGGAUGAUGGGGCGACUGUAUGAUGUUAUGCUGCAGCUUACGGAGGAUGUCAACAACCUCUUGGACGACGAAGAGGAGCAGCUGAGUAGCACGGACAAGGUGCAGAUCCGUCGCAUCAUCAAGAACCGUUGGGAUAACAACCUCGCCUGCGCCAUGCACGUCGCUGGCCGAAUCCUCAACCCCGCCAACCAGGAGGAGGAUAUCUUCGGCAGCGACGCAGAAUGCACCCGGGUGUUCAAGGCAUUUAUCAACCAGCACGUGGAGUUCCUCAUCGGCCACGAAGGGAAGGGGAGGGAUGCUGGUCCGGAUUACUUGCUUGCCUUGGGUGACGGGCUGAGGGCUUUCUUGGACCUGAAAGGAAGUUUUGGGAUGCCGGAGGCGCUUGCACAAAGGGAGAAGGUGAAGGGGGGUAAGUACAGCAUGGUGAAAUGGUGGCAAUGGAACGGCACAGAUGCACCUCACCUCAUGUCUCUCGCCGUGAGGGUGCUCUCUCAGCCUGUAUCGGCAUCCCCUUGUGAGCGUGGGUGGGGAACUUGGGAUGCAGUCCACACAGCCCGCCGGAACCGCCUCGGAUCUGCAAAGUGCCAGGACCUGGUUUUUGUUGCGCACAAGUGGAAUGUUGUGCGCAACUGGCACUCGCGCGCAGAUGUGAUGCCGAACCUUGUGCCAGGGAUUGGGGCCGAGCCUCCAAUCCCCGAGGGGUACAAGGGGCUGGAUGAGACGGAGGUGGAGGAGGAGGAGGGCGAGGAUGACGUGCUGGAAGACGAGUAUGCCUAG